GUGGCCAUAUUGGAUUCAUUCAGUUGUAUCAAUCCAGGGAGGAGAGCAGGUUCCCAGGAGACGGCUUCAGGGCCAUAGACCCAGCGGAGGAGCCCCUCGUCCUUUGCCUCUGGAUUUCUCCAGCCAUGGCCGCUACGGACCUCGAGCGCUUUUCUAAUGAGGAGAAACGGAAUCUCUCUCUGGGGGGCCAUGUUGGAUUUGACAGUCUUCCUGACCAGCUUGUCAGCAAAUCUGUGGCACAAGGCUUCAGCUUCAACAUCCUCUGUGUGGGUGAAACUGGAAUUGGGAAAUCCACGCUGAUGAACACUCUCUUUAAUACAACAUUUGAGACUGAGGAAGCCAGUCACUAUGAGAACACAGUCCGCCUACGACCACGUACUUAUGACCUGCAAGAAAGCAACGUCCAGCUGAAACUGACAAUUGUAGAUGCUGUGGGGUUUGGGGACCAGAUAAAUAAAGACGAGAGUUACAGACCAAUAGUUGAUUACAUUGACACGCAGUUUGAAAGCUACUUACAAGAAGAGCUAAAAAUUCGGCGUUCUCUCUUCAAUUAUCAUGAUACGAGAAUCCACGUCUGCCUUUAUUUCAUCACUCCAACUGGGCACUCACUUAAGUCCUUGGAUCUGGUAACCAUGAAAAAAUUGGAUAGUAAGGUGAACAUUAUCCCCAUAAUUGCCAAAGCUGACACCAUUUCCAAGAGUGAGCUACACAAGUUUAAGAUUAAGAUUAUGAGUGAGCUGGUUAGUAAUGGAGUCCAAAUCUAUCAGUUCCCCACAGAUGAUGAAGCUGUAGCUGAGAUUAACUCUGUGAUGAAUGCUCACCUGCCUUUUGCUGUUGUGGGAAGUACAGAAGAGGUCAAAGUUGGAAAUAAAAUGGUGAGAGCUCGGCAAUAUCCAUGGGGCGUGGUACAAGUUGAAAAUGAAAGCCAUUGUGACUUUGUGAAACUGCGAGAAAUGCUGAUCCGUGUCAACAUGGAAGACCUUCGGGAACAAACUCAUACCCGCCACUAUGAGCUGUACCGGCGGUGUAAGCUAGAAGAAAUGGGAUUCAAGGAUACCGAUCCUGACAACCAGCCUUUCAGCCUUCAAGAAACGUAUGAAACGAAAAGAAAAGAAUUCCUUUGCGAAUUGCAGAGAAAAGAAGAAGAAAUGAGACAGAUGUUUGUGAACAAGGUCAAGGAGACAGAGUCUGAACUGAAAGAAAAGGAAAGGGAACUGCAUGACAAGUUUGAACAUCUAAAAAGGAUACAUCAGGAAGAAAAAAGGAAGGUGGAGGAGAAGAGAAGAGAACUGGAGGAAGAGAUGAAUGCCUUCAACAGGCGGAAGGUAGCCGUUGAAACGCUGCAGUGCCAGUCUUUGCAGGCCACUUCACAGCAGCCACUGAAGAAGGACAAAGACAAGAAAAAUUAAUCUCACACACAGACUUAAAUGCAGGAGCGGACUUUGUACAUUCAUGUGUUUAGUUGCUUGUGCUUCCACCCUGUGAUCCAUUCUGCCCAUCCCAUUAUGCAAGUGAGCCAGCAUGAAAGACAAAAUGACCAUCUUCUGUGUUUCUCAUUGAAAGGACUGGGUCCAUGCAGGAUGUAACUUUAAAAAAGAAAUGUUUAACCUUGUAUUUGCAAAUUCCCUAUAUGCAUUGCCUAGCUUUGAAAUAGUAGGGUUUAAUUUGUUUCAAGACCAGUACAUCUAUUUAUAUACUGACCCCACCUAUACUUAAUAAAUUAACCACAGCAACUUAGACUAAGACAUUAAACUUAAAAGUUACCUUUGGGAACCUCAUUUGUUUUAUCUUUUAAAAUCACUUUGGUUAAAAAACAGCCACCAAAAGGUUUUGAACAAAUCAUUCUUUGAAUGUGUAGUAACACUUUGAAUUUCUUGUUUGAAGAAGAGUGCUCCAGCUUCUUAACGUCCAUCUUAGUGUGUUAUUUAAAAGAAAAACCCAAAUAACUUUGAUGUUUAUAGUAAUAAUAAAAGUAAUAUUACAGUAUUUAGCUUUUCUGUGCAUCUGAAGUGCAACAUUAUUAAAUAAGAAUUUAAGAGGGCUUCCAUUCAUUGUAAUUAUGGAACAAUGAAUGAGAUAAUUCUGUCAUCAAAAGUAGGAUGUUAGACAACUGUGGUUUAUUUUUAAAAUCCCUUUCAUCAAUAUCCACUCCUUCAAGAAUGGGGUGUCUGUUUUUUCUAUUGUGGCUAAAACACAUAUUUUAAAAACUUGUUUUAGCUUCUUUGCAAUUGCUGGAAAAAGUACAUAGGAUUGGUAUAGUUCAGUAACAGUUACUAUCCUCUCCUGUAUAUAAUGGAACUGAGACAAGGGGUGAAUAUGACUUUCAGAGCUAGAUUUUGUUUUAAUUCUCUUUAAUUUAGAGUUGUGUUGACAAUCAUGGAAGCACUUAGAUGUGAAUAUUUCUUAAAAUCACAUCUGUGUGGUGACUUACAUUCUUAGACAAACACAUGCACAAGGAUUUACAUGACUAGGGGACCAUCUGACCUAAUUCAGAAGCCUCUUUAGAUUUUUGGCUAAAGAUAAGAGAGAAGGUGAUUGACAUGAUGAGGCUUUCAAGUGUACGUAAUUUUGUUGGGGGGGGAAGCAUUUUGGGACAAGAUUUUUUUUUUUAAAUACGGGUUUGUGGAAGGAUUCCCCAGCUGCAAAAUAACUGGCAGCCACUGGAGCUACUCCAGUUGUUUGCUGGACAUAUUCAUGAACUAGAAUCUGAAACAGAAAUCAGCAACAUUCAUGGCAAAAUAACUUCAGAUGAUGAUAAAAUUAGCUGUGGGACCUGAUUAAUUACAUAAAGGAGACUUCAGGGCAGUAGAGUGGUUUGAUUACAUAAUACCCUAGCUUGAUCCGAAUGCUUUAAGGACUACAAUGUAUUUGUUUCACAAGAAAUGACAAACAAAAACAUAGCCGUAUAUCCUGUCUAGAAUUUCCAUGGGUACAAUGGGGUGGAUAAUUUUCUGAACCCCCCCCCCCCAAGAUAUUCCUAGGGCAGUUUCAGGAAUAGCAUUUGGGGGGCAUUCGGGACUACCUUAGAAAUCAGCGAAAAUCGCCCCUCCUUGCAUGUGUAAUUAUUCUAGAUUGGUUCCUAGCUAUAUUCACAGGUGUUAGAUCAGAUUCAUUCAUUGCAGAGAAGCAGGGAUGAAAACCUGGCAGAAGCAUUGAGCAUCUCUCAUUGAUUCUUUGCAUGCAGAAUGAGCUGCCUAUCUCACCCUCAACCACAUCCAUCAGAGGCUUUCGAAGUUGUUACUCUGUGUUCUUCCCCCUUGCUUUUGUGUAAUGUUAACAACUGUUCACGGUUCCCCUUUUCUCCAGAGAUGGUUUAGUCUUCCACUUAAAAUCCUCUUAAAUGCUGUAUCAUAGUCUGUGUUUUAUUUUUGAAAUGGUGAGAGGCAUUUUUCUUGCCUGUCUAGAAGCAGCAUUUAACCAGGCAGAAAUCUCAUACUGCACAUUCGCUUGCAGAAGUCUGUUAUAAAUGCUUUGAAGCAUGUAAAAGGCAAUUGUCUGUCUGUUAUAGAUUGAAAAUCAUGUUAACAGUAUUACUUGAUAUUUGUAAGGAGAUAAACCUCAUGACAAAAUUAUAUAGGUACUUUAAAUCGCAAGCUGUCAAAGAAAUGGUGGUGUAGAUAUUUACACUUUUUAGGUUUUUUUAAAGGCUGUGCCUCUGUUAAGCUAAAUAUAUAUAUUUACUGAUGAGUAGCUUACAAAAUAUUAGGAGAAGGGGAGUUACUGUAUAUAUGGACUAAUAUGACACAUCAUGUACAAGAUGACGAUCCUGACAAAGUGAAGUUGGAUAAAGUUGCAAAGUUAUUCAUGUUUUCCUUUGUCAGAUGAAAGGUUUUUUAAAAGCCUGAAGACUAAUUACACAGGGGAGACUGCAGAGCAGGUCAAAAGUUUGAUCAGAUAUGCAAACUGGUGCAUCUGUUCUAGCAAGUGCUGAAACCAAUAAGAUUUUCUAUGCAAAUAUUUUCUUUGUGAUUGGCUUGUGAGAGCUCAGUUGCUUUCCUCAUGCACUUUUGGAAGUGUGUGGAAGAUGUAAUAUAAUAAUGAAAAGAUUUUUAAAAGGCUACAAUGGCAAUAUUUUCCAUAUAUUUCUGAUGAAGACAUUCAGAAUGUAUGCAGCAAUAUAUUAAUUGUGUGUGCAAAAUAUCUGUGUAUAUAUACACACAUACAUACAUUGUGCUGACCAUUUUGUCCUUUUUAAAAAAAAUACCUGACCUCAGCUUUGCCUCAAUCUUGUUAUCCUUUUGUAAUAGUGGUCCCAACAGAAAUCGCACACUGUUCCUGGCUGGGAUCCUGUUUAGUAGUACUUAAUAUCUUACUAUCAUACCAAGAUCCAACUCAGUUGUUUGUGCAUAUUAUAAUUCUAUACAUUUGUUUCUUAUUUAAUGAGUUACUGGUGGUAAUAAUGUGACACUGAUCUUAAAUUAAAUUCACCUUUCGUGUUAAGCAAGGAAAACUAAAACAAUUUGAUUCAAUUUUCCCCUGUCCUAUUAAAAAAAUGGAAUAAUAGAAAGAUACAGCUUUUCAUGGAAGCUUCACUGCUACGUAUUUUCCUGUAUUUCAAAGCUUGUACAUUUUAGGCAUUUAUUUGUUAAUGAGAACAAAGCAGAGGAUUCCACCUCGAGGAUUGACCACACAAUAUGACAGAGAGACAGUGGGGGGAAAUGAUGGGACUGCUUUCGUGAAAUGUUAACAUGUCAUUCUCAUUUUUGUUCUUUAAGUUUUUAAAAAGUGUUCAGUUUUUUUUCAGUUUCCUUUGUACUUUUAUUAAAUGUUACAUUUUACUUUGA